AUGCAAUUUUUGGAAUCCGCAACGGCAUCGACGAGCAACGAAGAGGGCGAAUCCUGGUUACUACAAAGUACAGAGUAUACCUUCUCGACCGGCCGCGCUCGUUUCCGCUCCGCACGACCUCUCGCCGCCGCCCUGUCCACCAUGGCCGACAUGCCCGUGCAGUCUGGUCCUCCGGUCGGCUCCACCGUCGAUGCCACUGCUCCUGCUGACUUCAUAGCCGCCAUCACACCACUCUCCGCCCGCUGUCUGUCACUGGACCAGCCUAGUGCACGGGCCCCAGAAUCCACGCCAACAUCCGUUCCAGCACCAGUCCAGAACCUGCAUCUCCACCCCGCAGAAGCACUAGUGCCGCUUCGUUCUGAUCCUGAUCCACUCCUUUGCCCGGCAGUAGAGACACCAGCACCAGCAACAGCAGCAUCGCCAACACCAAUAAAAGAGUCACCGCCCCCAAUCGUCUCGACCGCUGCCGACCCUCCCUCCCACCACAGCCAUCCGCAGCCUGCCGCUGAACCCAUUCCCAAAAUGAUUUUUUCCGACCUCUACAAGUCACCGAGGUCGCCCUUUUCCAAGCUGCUUCAAACCACGUCCCAUUCGAGCGAUUCGGACCAGCAGCUGUCCCCGACCACAUCCCAUCCUCACCUCACCGGCGCUGCCCUGGCUGCCCAGCUCGACUAUGGCGACGCCGAUCUCGUCAGCCCGAACAAGGCCAAGCAGAAAGAUGCCGUGCGUCGCUUCCUGAUGGCCAACAUCCGCAACGACUGGUCCUUUGACUGGCCUUCACAGACGACAGCCACGGCUGCUGCCGAGGCUGCGCGUGCACGUGAGCUCGAGGCCGCCCAGCAGACAGAGGAGUCGUCUGCCGAGCCUCUCGAACCGCCAUCGCCGCCAUCGCCCGUCGUCUCGGUGCCCCUGGCUGCUAUCACGGCGAGCAUGAACAGCGCGUCCUUUGACUCGGACUCGGACCUGGACGCGGCCGACGACUCUGACUGCGCGUCUGUCUACAGCACCGUCUCGGAGGAUCCGCUGCACCUGCAGCCACGGGCCGACGACGGGCGAAGCAUCAGCCACACCGGCUCGCUCUUCCGCUUCGACUCGCCCGACUCGGUCGGCAUGGUGGUGCAGGCAUCGGUCGUGGCCCGCCGCGCCAAGAUGCGUCGCAGCCUGCGGUCUGAGAUGGCCUGGAACAGCGGCCUGGCCUGCUUCACGGCGCGUCGCGAUGCCUGGACCGGUGCCCACACGGUGCGCAUCAAGUCGCGGGUCGUGGCAACCGCCGCAGCCUCGACGUCGCCGCGCCGCCUGUUCCGCUUCCACUCGCACGCCAAGUCCGAGCCAGCGCCGGCCGUGACGACGAUGCCGCUCUCGCCGAUGACGUCCAACUCGCAGCACUCGCAGAAGUCGCAGCAGUCGGCCGGUCUCGGCCUCGGCCUCGGUGCAGACACGGUGGAGACGUCUCCGGUGACGUCGGACGGCGGUGUCGGUGUGGGUGGCAGUAGCAUGUGGCCGCUCAGCCAGGUGCCGACGCAGGCGACGACGAGCGGACAGUCGCGGCGGUCCACGAAACGGCACCGCCACCAGCACCAGCACCGGCAGAGCCAGCAAGACUGCGUUGUCGAGACGAUGCUGCCGCUGGCGCGGCCGCUGUUGCCGGCGGCCAACCCGAUGCGUGCAUCGAUCACGCCGAACCUCUACCUCAGCCUGUACGACAAGGUCGUGCUGAGCUCGCUGCAGCCGUCGUGUCCGAUCAACCUGGGCGACGCCGUGCGGGCCUGCGUGGCCGGCUGGAAGCGCGACGGCGAGUGGCCACCACGCAUGGCCGAGCCGGCGCUGUCGCCCUCGGCGGUCGCAGCAGCCGCUGCUGUGGCGGCUGCUGCCCGCAAGAGACAGCGCCGUGAAGAGGCCGCCGCCCGCAAGAUACGCGAUAAGGAGCGCCGCCACAGCAGCAGCCUGUCGUCGCCUGGGUUCGGCCGCCGCAUGAGCCAUCUGCUCAGCGGCGGCGGCCGGCCCGCCGCUGCCAGCCUCACGACCAACACGGCAGCCGCCAACAGCACCCACAACGCACACGGCGACGCGGCACCUCCGCCCGCCUCGCCCUCCUCCGACCCCAACGCGGACGACAGCGCCGGUCGCAGCAUCCGGCGCAGCCUGCAGCGCGUGCUCGGCCUGCACCCUCACCAGCACGCAGCAACAGGCGACACGGCCACGGCCAAGGACUGA